AUCGGAACGGCCAUGCUGCUCCCACGAAUAUUCGCGCCCGUACGGGCAUCUUCAGUAAACGCUUCAAUAUCUAUAGUCUCCUCGUCCCGCGUCCUCGAUGCCUUCCGCGCCGCCAAUGCCUCCACCUCUCCAUCUCUCUCCUUCAUCCGGCACGCAACGCACCAAGCCCAAGGCCGCGCGAAUGGCGCAAAGGACGGACCCGGGAAGCGCCUAGGAGCAAAGAAGAGCGGAGGAGAAUACGUGAUCCCCGGUAACAUCAUCUUCCGCCAGCGCGGCACAGCUUGGUUCCCCGGCGAGAACUGCAAAUUCGGCCGCGACCACUGCAUUUUCGCCACUGAGUCCGGCUACGUGCGCUACUACCGCGAUCCGUUCAAGCACCCGAAGCGGCAAUACAUCGGCGUCGCGCUGCAGAAAGACGAAACCCUGCCCUAUCCACGAAACGCCGCACGAAAACGACGCCUGAACAUGGUCGCCGUAGAGCGAGACGCUGAGCCAGAUACUGUAGAAGGACAAAUCGUCGUUGCGGACCUACAGGUUGGCGAUGGAACGGGCAGCGAAACGAGCGUAAGAGCUACACCCAGGGAUAAACCGGAGAGGAAUUUGGUGAUGGGCAAGGGGUAUGCGUAUCGGGAGGCGAAUUGGCAGAUUGGACGGGCGGCGGAGAGGGCGAAUGUGCGGGUGCAGGAGUUUGUGCCGGGCGAUCGGUGGGCGGCGUGGCGGAAGUCGCAGGCGAGGAAGAGCGCGAAUGCGGAGAGGAAGAGGUUGCGGACUUCGCAGAAGGCGGCGAAGCCGAAGGCAAAGAAGAGGUAGGCGUGUGUGGAUUAUAUGGAUGUACAAAUAUCUGUGUAGGCAUUACGGUUUUUAGGAUUUGGAAUAAGCCUUCGUGCAUACAGGAUCAACACAUUGCGGCAUUGUCAUUCGAAGGGUGUAGGUUGCACUGUUGAACGCUAAGGGGGAAUGGCAGAUAGUCUUCCACUGCUGAUCACACGCUACAGCUUCGCUUUAUCUUUUAACACG